ACAAAAUCAGCUGCAGUUUGUGCCACGCAAAAAAUUGCCCAAAAAAACUAGACAAAAUUCGCCCCAAAUCCUUAGUUCAGCCGCAAAAAAAAACACAAGAAAGUGAUCGAGAAGCACAACCACGCCCCCGACCGCCCCCCAAAAAGAUGUCGUGGCUGAAUAACAGUCUCAGCACGCUGAAGGGCCAACUGACCAACUUGGCCCAGGAAGUUUUGGCCGAAACGGCAGGACCCGGCGAUCCGGAGUUCGAAGGACAUGGUCAGAGUGCCGAGCAGCAGGCCAAAACGUCGCUGCAAUUGCUGGCGGAGACGCAGGAGCAAAAGGAGCAGCUGGACAGGCGAUGCGAAGAGAAGGAUCGGGAGAUUGCCGCACUGCGAAGAGAAUUGUCGAAAUUGAAGCAGCAGGAACCGAAAGGCAGCACAUCAGCGAAGGAAAAUCAACUGCAGAAUGAGGAUCAGAAUGUGGAGGACAGCUGGUGCUGGGAGCCCGAUGGCGGAGCCGAGGAGAAGGGAGCCACUGCCGCCGGAUCGGGCGAUAGGAUCGGAAAGGAAUCCGGACUGGUGGACAUUGCCUUGGGUUCCAACGAUGUCGCUCGGCUGAACAGCCGCAUUGCGGAGCUGGAACAGCUGAAUGCACAGCUAAACUCCUCGCUGGAGGAGCUGGACUCGCAGCACGAGUUGGCCAUGCAGGAUGUGCUGACCCACAAGACGCAGCUCUCCGUUCAAGUGGCCACUCUCAAGCAACUCCAGGCGGAUCGCCUGGUGGAGCACGAGUUGUCCAAUGCCAGGCAGCAGAAGCAGUUGCUGGAACUUCAGGAAGCAGUCGCAGCUGGAAAGGAUCUGCAGGAGCAACUGCGGCAGAGGAUCGAUCAGCAGGCAAGCGAACUGAAACGCAGUGUCACCGAACUCGCCGAGAUGCAGGAGCUGCUCGACAAACGUGGCCAGGACAAUGCCGAGCUGAUCGAACGCGUUCGCCUGGCGGAAACGGAAAGGGAACGCCUGCUCAAGGAUUUGGAGGAAUUGCGGCUGGCGAAGGAGAAGAAGACAUCGGAGUCGUCAUCAAACAGUUCCUCCACCGGAAAACACAGCGAGGAUGAGUUCAUUGUGGUGCGUCAAGCGGAUGCCACUGGUUCCGGUUCUGGUUCCGGUUCCGGUUCCGAUCCCGAUCCAGAUCCGGAGGUGACCUCCCCGCCCUCGAAGGAGAAACUGCGCGACAGGCUGGUCUCACUGGAAUCCCAAAUCUCCCAGUUGACCCUCUCCAACAAUCAGAUGCAGGAUGCCCAGUUGGAGAAGCAACUGGCCAACAAUCUGUUGAGUGAACAACUGGCGGAGCUGGAGAAGCGCCUGCGAUUGAGCGAAGCGGAGAAGGAGCAACUGCAGCUGGACUUGCAGCUGCGACUGCAGCAGUUGACGGUGCAGAAUCAGGAGCUGAAGCUCCACGCGGAAGCGGAGCAGGAGGGUCAUGCCCAGGAUCUCGAGGAGCAACUGGGUGCUCUGCGGGAGGAUAACCAGCGAUUGCGCCAGGAGCUGGAUGCCAGCAUUGCGCAGGCGAAGUUCCGACAGGCGAUCGCCGAGGAGAAGCAGGAGAUCACCGAUCUGGAUGAAACGGAAACGGAGUAUGGCAGCUAUGAACUGGAGAAGCUGCGUGCUCUGCUCCAGGCGGAGGUGGAGAACCGCUUGAGCAGCUCCUCGCAUCCGCAGCAGAAGUUGGAACGGGCAUGGAACUCCCUCACGGAGCGGUGGCAUCGCUUGGACAUCGUGGAGCAGCGACUGGCGGAGGUGCAGAACCAGCAGUUGGUCAGCGAGCACGAGAAGAAGACCCUCGAGGCGGACAUCUCGCAGUACAUCCUCCAGUGCGACGAACUGAUGAAGAACAACGAACUCCUGCUCAACGAACUGGACAAAUACAAGCGCAACAAGUUGGAAACCAUCGAGGAGCAUCACGAGGAGACGAUCGUCCAGCUGGAAUCGCAGUUGGAGGAGGCCAAACAGCGACUGGAGUCGUCGCUCGCCAGCCAAAGGCAAUUGGAAUCCCAACUGAAGGCCAAGCAGGAGAAUCCUUCCCAGGAAGGCGAGUUGCUGGCCAAAAUGGAGCAGAAGGUUCAGGAGCAACUGCAGCUGCAAGAACACCUCGCUUUGGCCAAAAAGGAACUGGUCGAGAAAACCAAGUUGCUGGAGAGAAACGAGGAGCAAUUAACUAAGCAGCAGCUGCAAAUUCAAGCAGAUCAGGAAAAGUUGGAGGAGCUAUCGAAACUGCGGGAAAUACUGCUGCAAAAGGAGCAGAAUCUCAAGGUUCUAGAGGAGCAACUAACCGCCGUCACAAAGGAAUUGGAGGAGAAGUCCGUUCAGGCAAAGAUCAUCCAGGAUCAGCACAAAAUCCAGUUGGCAAAAAUCCAAAACCAAUUGCAGGCGGAUCAGGAGAAGCUCAGGGAGCAGCUGCAGCUGCAGGACAAACUGGAGCAGCAGAAGGAGCUCAUGGAGGUGGACCAGAACCAACAGCUGACGGCCAUCAAAAGGGAGCUAUCCGAGGCAACAAGCCAACUGGAUGAGUGCCAGGAGAAGCUCACCGCCAAGGAGGCUCAACUGGCGGAGAUCCAACAGCAGUGGCAGGAAGUCAACGAGGAAAGGGAGAAGCUACGCGAGGAACUCCUCAACAAGGAGCAGGAGUCGAAAGGGGAAUCCGAAGAGGGUAAACGCAUUCAGGAGCUCCAAGAUGAUCUGCAAGCCAAGGAGCAGGAAAUCCAGAAAAACCAGGAGGAGCUAAGCAAAUUACAAGCGAUAGUCAAGCUAAACGAAGAGCAACUCCUGGCCAGGGAAACGGAGAUCCAGGAGCUGAGCCAAAGCCAACAGGCUGCCGAUCAGAGCCAGCAACUCCAGCAGACCAUCGAAGCCUUCGGCCAGGAGAAGAACGAACUGAUCAAGGCGCUCCAGCAGAAGCACCAGGAGAAUACCCAAUACUACGCGGAGAUCCAGCGUCUGCAGCCCUUCGAGCAGCAGCUCAAGGAUCUCGUCAAGGAGCGCGAGAAGCUGCAGGACCAGGUGGCGUUCCUCAAGGAGAAGUCCGACAUACUCACCACGAAUCUUCUCACGGAACAAACCAACCAACGACUCCUGCAGCAACAGCAGGCGGAUUCCCUGGAGCAACAGGCGAAUGUCCAGAGGGACUUGGAACGACUGCGCGCCCAUCUCCUCGAGGUGGAGGAGCUGCACACCCAGGAGUCCGUGGAGCUGCAGCGCGAUCUGGAGGAGUCGCGUUCCCGCCAGGCGAUCCUCGAGCAACAGGUGUCCAAAUCCAGCACCGCUUACACUUCAGCCAGUAUCCGUGCCAAUCAGCAGGCGGAAACCCUCCAGGCGCAGCACGCUCUGCUCCAGCAGCAAAGGGAUGAGCUGCUGGCCAAACUGGGCCAGUACGAGGAUCGCGAGUUGAAGCAGCAGGCGGCGCUCACCAAUCUCCAGUGCGCCCUGGAGCAGUUCCAAAAUGACAAGGACCACGACAUCGAGAUGGCCACGCAGCGCAUUCGGCGGGAAAUGCAGAUCCAAUUGGACCGGCAGGGUCAACUCCAAUUGGAGAUGGCUGCACUGCAGCAGCAGCUGGCGGAGGCCAAUCAGGGAUUGAGGGCAGCGGCUCGUCUCUCCGAUCAACUGGAGGCUGGCCAGCAAACCAUCGCCGUUUUGCGGGAUGAAGUGGAGGGUUUGAAGGAGCUGAAUGGCCAGCUGGAGCAGCGAUUGUCGAGCAGCGAGAGCAGCCAAACGGACAAGAUUGACAAGAGUCUGAUCAAGAGCCUGCUCAUUGGCUAUGUGGUCAGUGGACAUGCCGGGGACAAGCAGCAGGUGCUCCGCAUGAUCUCCUCUGUGCUGGACUUCAAUGCCCAGGAGGCGGACAAGGUGGGCUUGAACAAGCAGCAGAGCAGUUGGUUGGGCGCCAUUUUGGGUGGCGGGCCACAAACAACGGCAGGAGCAGGAUCUUCGCGUGGCAAUGAGAACUUGGUGCAGGCCUUCGUGCAAUUUCUGGAGCAGGAAUCCCAGCCACAGACUCAGGCGCAGUCGCGGCCCACACUGCUCAGCAUGACGGGUCAACUGGAGGCGGGGGGCUCCUCGAAUUCCGCCUCCUCCGUUGCCACCAGCAGCACCACCACCUCCAACUCCUCCUCCUCGCAUCUUCCCCUGCCGACGACGAGUUCACAUCUUUUACCAGCGGUGCCAGCUGCCAGUGCUCCCGACUUGGCACCACCCGUCGGUGGAUCACCGCAGUCGCUGGCCAUGGGCUCCAAUGAGUUUGCACCCACACGCAACUCCAGCUCGAUACUGAAGGACAUUCUCAGCGACUCCUGAUUGUUGUAGAACUGGCAGAUGGCCGGCUUCACAUCCACUUUUUUUUCUCUGCGUAAUUUUAACAUAUUUUUAUGACACUUUUGAACGUGCAAUCCGGCGCCUGUAUUCCCCACAUAUUAUAUAUCUCGCUAUAUAUAUAUAUAGUUAUAUAUUUAAACCUCAAAGGGUGUGUUCUCCCCUACCCCCCCUCCCAAGAAAAAGAAAACUGUAAAAUGUCUGUGUGUGUGUAUAUGUGCAGCGCUAGCAAUUUGUAAAUAUGUAAUAUGCAAUUUGAACAUGUCAAGAGCGGCAGCAAUGGGGUUAAAGCACGCCGUGUUAACCCUUAUUGCCUGCCAGUGACACGCCUUCACAGCGGCCUUGCUAAUGACUAGCCGCCAAAUAAUAAUAAAUAAUAAACAAUUAAAUAAUACAA